GCGAACACACACACACUCACACACACUGACACGCCAGCGAGCUGCUGGUCGCUCAAUGGACCGAUUUCCCUGCUUCCCCUGAUCCCAGCCCAGCCCGGGAUGAGAAAUUGCAAAAUGGCCCGGGUCGCCAGUGUGCUGGGACUGGUCAUGCUCAGCGUCGCCCUGCUGAUUUUAUCGCUCAUCAGCUACGUGUCCCUGAAAAAGGAGAACAUCUUCACCACUCCCAAGUACGCCAACCCAGGGGCGCCCCGAAUGUACAUGUUCCACGCGGGAUUCCGGUCACAGUUUGCGCUGAAGUUUCUAGAUCCGUCAUUUGUGCCCAUUACGAAUUCUCUGACCCACGAACUCCAAGAGAAACCUUCUAAGUGGACAUUUAAUCGGACAGCGUUUUUACAUCAAAGGCAAGAAAUUCUUCAGCAUGUCGAUGUAAUAAAAAAUUUUUCUUUGACCAAGAAUAGUGUUCGGAUCGGACAACUGAUGCACUAUGAUUAUUCCAGCCAUAAAUAUGUUUUCUCUAUUAGCAAUAACUUCCGAUCACUGCUUCCAGAUGUGUCACCCAUUGUGAAUAAGCAUUUUAAUAUUUGUGCUGUGGUUGGAAAUAGUGGGAUCCUGACAGGGAGCCGGUGUGGACAAGAAAUAGAUAAGUCAGAUUUUGUUUUCCGUUGCAAUUUCGCCCCUACGGAGGCUUUCCAAAGAGAUGUUGGAAGGAAAACCAACCUCACCACCUUCAACCCCAGCAUUCUGGAAAAAUAUUACAACAAUCUCUUGACCAUUCAGGACCGUAACAACUUUUUCCUCAGUUUAAAAAAGCUCGAUGGGGCCAUUCUUUGGAUCCCUGCAUUUUUCUUCCAUACUUCAGCAACUGUUACCAGGACAUUAGUUGACUUUUUUGUUGAACACAGAGGUCAGUUAAAGGUCCAAUUGGCUUGGCCUGGAAAUAUAAUGCAACAUGUCAACAGGUACUGGAAAAACAAACAUUUGUCACCCAAACGGCUGAGCACAGGUAUUCUUAUGUACAGCCUUGCAUCAGCAAUAUGUGAAGAGAUCCACUUGUAUGGAUUUUGGCCUUUUGGAUUUGACCCCAACACAAGGGAAGAUCUUCCAUACCAUUACUAUGACAAAAAAGGAACCAAAUUUACCACCAAGUGGCAGGAGUCACACCAGCUGCCUGCCGAGUUCCAGCUGCUGUACCGAAUGCAUGGGGAAGGGCUCACCAAGCUGACUCUGUCACACUGUGCCUAAGACUUUGAACAGAAAGUGCCAAAUGGCCAUUUAAAAAGUGCCCCAAAUCAAAUGGAAUAGUCUUCAGAAUAGAACCCUAGAGAAUUCCUUAUAAAGAUUGUCUGCCAUUUAAAAGGAAAGAUGUCUCUCCCUCUUUUGCACUGCUCUUUUAAGGGUCUUGGCAAGACAAACGAAGCCACACGACUCAAACUUGAUUGAUAAAGGGAAUGUUGCAUUUGGAACUAUGCUGCUAAUGAAAUGGUUUGAAGUAUUUUCGUGUUUGUAUUUUGAUAAUAAACUGCCUCCCGUUUUUUAUGAGGACUAGAGCUGUAGUUCCCGCAGCUUUGAGAUACAGUCCUCAUAGUCACAGGCCUCUGGCCAGUUUGGGCAGGAUUUCAGUUUUGCCUGGGUGGGAUCAGACUCUUCAAAACGGAAACAAACAAAAAUCGUUGGCAUAUCUCCUCUCUCACUCUCUCU